UGGCGGCGGCCCGCAUGGGGGAGUCCAUCCCGCUGGCCGCGCCGGUGCCCGUGGAGCAGGCGGUGCUGGAGACGUUCUUCUCGCACCUGGGCAUCUUCUCCUACGACAAGGCCAAGGACAAUGUGGAGAAGGAGCGGGAGGCCAGCAAGAGCGCGGGCGGCAGCUGGCUGGCGCUGCUGGCGGCGCUGGCGCACCUGGCCGCGGCCGAGAAGGUGUACCACGGCCUCACCUACCUGGGGCAGAAGCUAGGCGGCCAGUCCUUCUUCAGCCGGCGCGACUCGCUGCGCUCGGCCUACGCGGCGCUGCACGGCGAGCUGCGGCGGGUGGCGGCCGGCGCGGGCGCGGGCCGGGGCGCGGCGGGCGCGGCGCCGGCGCUGGAGGAGCUGCUGGGGCACCUGGCGGAGCAGCUGAGCUUCUUCGUGCAGGCGCGCGCCGAGGCGGCCGAGCUCUACGACCGCAUGUUCGCGCUCAGCGCGCAGCGCAGCGUGGACGCGGCCGAGCUGGUGGCGCUGCUGGACGCGCUGCUCGGCAAGUACAGCGCCAGGUUUCACCACCCCAUCCUCAGCCCUCUGGAGAGCAGCUUCCAGCUGGAGGUGGGCGUCCUGAGCCACCUCCUGCAGGCGCAGGCCCAGGUGUCAGAGUGGAAGUUCCUCCCGUCCCUGGUGAGCCUGCACAGCGCGCACACCAAGCUGCAGACCUGGGGCCAGAUCUUCGAAAAGCAGCGGGAGACCAAGAAGCACCUGUUCGGGGGCCAGUCUCAGAAGGCCGUGCAGCCGCCACACCUUUUCCUCUGGCUGAUGAAACUCAAAAACAUGCUUCUGGCCAAGUUCAGCUUUUACUUCCACGAGGCGCUGAGCCGGCAGACCAGCGCGUCCGAGAUGAAGGCGCUGACGGCCAAGGCCAGCCCCGACCUCUUCGGGAAGAUCUCCAGCUUCAUCAGGAAGUACGACGCGGCCAACGUGUCCCUGAUCUUCGACAACCGCGGCUCCGAGAGCUUUCAGGGCCACGGCUACCACCACCCCAACUCCUACCGGGAGGCCCCGAAGGGCGUGGACCAGUACCCCGCUGUGGUGUCGCUGCCCAGCGACAGGCCGGUCCUGCACUGGCCCAACGUCAUCAUGAUCAUGACGGACCGUGCGGCCGAGCUGAGCGGCCUGGACAAGGUGGUCCACUUCUAUGACGACAAGGUGCAGAGCACCUACUUCCUCACGCGCCCCGAGCCCCACUUCACCCUCGUGGUGAUCUUCGAAUCCAAGAAAUCCGAGAGGGACUCCCACUUCGUCUCCUUCCUCAACGAGGUCUCUCUUGCCCUCAAGAACCCCAAAGUUUUUGCAAGUCUGAAGCCGGGCUCCAAAGGUUAGCGGCGGGUUGCGUGAGCGGGCCUGCGGGCCGGUGCGGGUGGGCCCCAGCGACUGCGGCCCUCUGUGGUUGCCGCUCCCCCUCCGCGCUCCUGUCAGAACUGAGGUCAAGACAGUCUCCGUGGCCGAGCGGCCCCUGUCCCCGAAGGCCAACUGAAUGGCGUGUCCAGAGAGCAGCCCGGGGAGGGCCGCGGCUGCUGUGUGCCUGCCCGGCGCAGCCAGGGCGGCCCUGCUUCCUCCCGCCGCUGGCUUCCCUGCAGACGGGCUGUUUAGUGCCGAUUUCCCCGGGUGUUUCAUGUUGCUCCGAGCCCUGUGUCUGAUGCCGUCCUAGCCCUGCGCCCCUCCCGGCGCGCCAUCGAGACAAGAUAUUAAAUGGCCUUUCUGGCACCGAGGACUGUCCGUUUCCUGUCAUAAAUGAGCGCGGUAACACAGAGUUAGCAGUUUCAUGAUUCUCAUCUACGGAAUCAUAGUUUUGAGGCCCAAACAAGGGACUAGGUGAGAAAUCUCCCCUCCCGAGGUGAGUCGCUGGUGGCGGAGCGCCCGGGGCUCUCACAGCCGUGGGUUCUUCUGGGUGACACGCCGCGCACAUUUGUUUGUGCCUCUACAGAGUCUGGGCUUUCCACUCCCUUUCAAAGUCCGCAUACGCCACGACGUGGGAGUCCUUCAUCCUUCAGCAUAUUACCUGCCGGGCGCUGAGUUUAUCCCUUCUGUUCCAGUUAUUUUUAGGCUGAGCAACUGAGCAGGUGGAGCCACUGUCACCCCAUGGUGGGCGGGUGCAGGG